AUGCUUCCAUCUCCAUUCCCAGAUCUAGUCCCUUCUACUAAAGAUUUUCUCAGGCCUCUUUUUUCAGUUUUUAUUUUUGGACUUUUGUUACCAGUUUCUUUUCGAUUUCUCAGAUCUUUUCUUACAGACGUGGCCGAGAAUUCUGAAGUACAAUGUCAUUGGGCUUUGAGGUCUUAUAAGCUUGCUUGGAAUCCUUUUCUUGCUAGUGGAAAUUUCUUGAACUUGGAGUUCUUCCGAAAUGUGACAAUUAUGUGA